AGUCAGCAAACAUUGCUAGUAAAUAAAGAUCUAUACACUAAAAUUCUAAUUUUUAACAGUUUUUACAUUUACAUUUGUUGUUUGAAAGUAAAUGUAUUUGUCAUGAGAUUGUCCCAUACAAGAAAAAUGGUAAAGCUAGUGUACAACUUAAAAUGUACUUUAAAUACAUUAAGAUUUGAAGCUGCGACAUGACAAUACUUUUUAAGCACCAGCUGCUUCUUUAGGACUGAAUAAUAAGCAAAUCAACACAUCAAGUAACCAGAAUUGAGUAUCUAGCCACCAGAUUUCUCUCCUUUUGUUUUCUGAUCAGCUCCUGGUUUCUUCGUUUCUCCUCGCAGGUUCAGGGAUGCUAUGCAGGCCAACGAGCCGGAGCCACACGAGGUGUCGGGCCACUUCCGGGCCGUCCUGCUGGAGGUUCUGGAUCAGCUGAAGGAGGAGCAGGAGGCGCAGCGGCUGACUCGCCAGUGGAACAACAAGCGAGCCAUGAGCAUGAACUUCAGGUCGAAGAUCAAGAUCAACCCGUUUGGAAGCACGACGGGCCUCACCGCCGCAGUGGGCAACGGGACGGGGUUGAGCGACCUCAAAACCGUCUCUGAGGACGUGGAGAAGGGGAUGGAGACGGGGGAGAGGUCGCAGAGAGUGUGGAGCAUGCCCGACUUUAGAUACAAAGGAACCAGCAGCAGCAGCGGCAGCAGCAGAGUGGUCUGAUGGUGGGCGUGUGAAGGAAAUGUGGACUGAUGAGACUUUACGUCUAACAUGUUCAAGGCCAAGGCAAGAUUUUCUCUCUUCUCUCAACCAUGUUUUCAGUACUUGAAGCAGUUAAUGAGUUGCCUGAGAUUAUCUUCUGCAGUGAUGUCUCUUAUUUUGUAGAAAUUUGGCAUCAAAGCAUUGAGGGCUAUUUACCCUGCAGCCUAAUAGUAUUAUUUAUAAAUGGUCUAACUGAAAGUUGUUGUUUUUUUUCUUUUUUGACGCAAAAAAUGCUGCUUGCUUGGUCAAGGCGGAGAAACUAAAUGUGGGAAUGUAUAAAACGACUUUAAAGUGUGAAAUGUUUCUGUAGGAGGGACGCCGUUCGUUUCCAUAUGAUUCAAACAGUGAGUCAUCCUCCAUGUGUCAAAACAGCAGGACUGAACAGUGAAAUGCAUUAUCCAAGGUUGGACAACUGA